AUGGACUCUCUUCUAAGCAACUACGCCGAUUCUGACCAGGAAGAAACGCAGGAUUUAGAGUCGAAACGGGAACAAACCUCGUCACCGACCGGCUCAUCAUCCACGGCAGCGUCUUCGCCGAAGAGACAACCCAAGUCCCGCCGUAAUGAGAAUGACGAUGGUGGCCGUAAAGCGGUUCCAGCCAAGGGUUCCUGCGAAAAGAAAGCUCACGACAAGUACAGGUCCCGAAAGGAGCCGAAAGAGAAAUCAUCGUCCUCCUCGUCGGCGGAUGAGGACCGUCGUUCACGCGCUUCAUCGCACUCCAGCUCCUCGUCCUCUAGCUCAGACUCUCGCAAGUCACAAUCGCGCAGCGCAUCGCCGGUGGGUAGGGGCAGGAAUGGUGAAGACGAGAAGAAAUCUGCCAGCAAACCACUCGCUGUCAGAGGUGGCAGUAGCAAUGGACGAAAAUCUCACUCUCCUCCAGGCCAGUAUCGUCGUGCGGCGGCUUCCGGUAGGAGCGACAGCAAGAGUCCGGUAAAAGCUCAAUAUGACAGGAAGAAAUCUCCACCAAAACGCGUGAGACGAAGCAAUUCCCGAGAGCGUGACCGGAAGGAUCGGGAAAAGCAACGUAAUCAUGAACGGGAAAGGAAUCGAGAAAGUAAACGGGAAAGGGAACGCGAGCGCGAGCGUGAACGGGACCGUGACCGGAACCGUGACCGUGAUCGUAACCGAGACCGUAAUCGUGAACGUGAACGAGAGCGCGAUCGGGAACGCGAACGUGAUCGUGACCGUGACCGUGACCGAGAACGAGAACGUGAGAGAGAUCGCGAAAGGGAUCGAGAUCGAGUCCGUAAUCGUAACGAGCCCCGUGGUCGUGGCGGUCGCAAUGAUUCCAGAGACGCGCGACGUGGUGGUGGUAACUACAGGAGCAAAGGAAACAAUCGUGAUGAGGGUCGAAGAGAUGCUCGCGGUGGGAAAGAUGCGGAUCGUAAGGAAAGACGAAGCACCGAAGAUCGUCGUAGAAAUCGUCGCUCCAACUCACGUGAUGCACGCACCCGCAAACGUUACUCUCCCGAGGAGAGAAAGUCAUCGAGGGGACGCGAUUCACGGUCUCGGUCAAGGUCACGAUCGGCUAGCAAAUCUCCCCCUCCACCGCAAUUGCAUGCCGCCCAACCGGCGGUACCACCAGUAGCUCCAAUGGCGGGCAUGGGUUUGCUGCCGCUCCCAACUAGAUUCGCCAACAAACCGUCACACGAUCAACAACCAAAACCCAUGUCGUUGCUUCCAACGCCACCUCUAUCUCAGUCCCUCCUCGGGGCGGCUCCAUUGAUCAACCCGACGGCCGGAAUUCCCUCCUUAAUGAGCAUCCCAACGAAGCCCCCCGUUGGCCCACUGAUUCCACCAGCGGUUGCGGCCAAACUGAACCUCGUCUCCAACGAAUCGAAACUACAGCUCGGACUUCCGCUCGUGUCGUCUCCGCCAGACGCGGCCGCCGCUGCCGCCGCCGCUGGUGCCCUGCUCUCCCGCAGCGCGUUGCUUCGUACUACCGCCAAGGCGGCCCAGCUAGAAAAGAUGGGCAUCGAUGUGCUGCAGCAAAGUCAGAAGGCGGUCGACAGCGUACCGCUACCCUCGUACUACAACCCGGGUGCCGUCAAUCCCGUGCGAUACGCCGAUCAGGUGCAAAAACGCAAACUGCUCUGGAGCCACAAGUCGACCGAGAGCAAAGAGGUCUCGUCCAACAUCAGCAAGUGGGAGCAGGCCAAGUUUGCCCAGGACACGGACGGUCGCGUUGCGUCCAAGUUUCUACGCCUCAUGGGCGUAAAGGAUGCGCAAUCGAAGCCAGGCGAAGAAGGUGCGUUACCAUCGUCGGCGGUUCCUAUGCCCGUGUCAACCUCUUCAACAGCAGCUACGGAUGGCAGUGGUAGUGGAAGUGGUGGCGGUGGCAAAGGCACCAGCAGUAGUAAACUCCCAGGCGACAGUAUUAAAAAGCAGGAAGAACUCUUCUCCACCAUGGAACAGCAGUACGAGGUCGCACGUCAAGUGACGCACACGAUGCGUGGCGUUGGACUAGGAUUUAGCUCGCAGGCCCGUCAAUUCUAAAAACAACACCCUCCGCUCGGUGUUGGGCCGCGCAGAAUGUAAGUAAAUGCCAUUAAAGAAAAAAAAACAGUCGAAUGUUCUUGUUUAAUGACCCAUGCGGCAACAUAUAGAACUACUAUUUUAGGAAUAAUGUACCACAACAGGC